UCUGCUUAUCCAUUCCUGCCACCAACUUGUGAAAUUUUCUCCCGUCUUAAGAAUGGAAGCUUCUUCACUUCAAGCAGUAGUUCAGUUUCCACACCUGUUCAAACCGCCCAGUUGUAUGCAGAAUGAGCGUCCCAUGAACACUGGAGCUAGGAAGUUGCAUGGCAAAUUCCCUUCUCUAACAGAUACAAGAGUUCCAAGGAGGUUAUUUUUGCAGUUUAUGGGAUACAAUCAUUUGUUAUCAUAUGCUUGUCCUGUUCUUGCUGCCCCGAUGCUCGAAAUGACGGAACCUGAAGUAAUUCGGACACAGAAGCUUGCCAAUGGAGUGAGGUUUCAAGAUGUGGUUGAAGGGGAUGGACCAGAGGCCCAAGAAGGAGAUUUGGUUGAAGUUAAUUAUGUAUGCCGGCGGUCAAAUGGGUAUUUUGUUCAUAGUACUGUGGAUCAAUUCAGUGGAGAAAGCAUGCCUGUUGUACUUCCUCUGGAUGAAAACCAGACUAUAAAGGGCCUAAAGGAUGUCUUGGUUGGAAUGAAGGUUGGAGGAAAGAGGAGAGCAUUGAUACCUCCUUCAGUGGGAUACAUAAACGAAAACUUAAAACCAAUACCAGAUGAGUUUGGGCCUCGGCGGAGUCUUUUCUCCCAUGCAAAAGAGCCUUUGGUAUUUGAAGUGCAGCUCUUGAAAGUACUAUGAGUUUUUCCAUCCAAAGUUUGCUUUGUAAGAUUUAGAGUGCGUUUAAAAGUGAUUUUAGAAAA